UUUUUUAUCAUACGCCGCCCACUCUUUUUACACCUAAUCUAAUACAUGUUUUCAACAUCCAUGUUAGAUUUACCAACUCAUGCAGAGUCUGCAGAGUUAGGGUAUGGAAAGACUUUGGUUUUUGAUGCAGCAGCAACAUCCGCUCUUGGUUUCGCAAAGCAUUCAUUAAGCAUCAUCCUUGGAAACAACGAUUCAAAGCAAAUCUUUUACUUUUUAUUGCUUAAUUUAUCUUAUAUGUUUGUUCAACUUGCUUAUGGUGUGUGGACUAAUUCUUUAGGCCUUAUCUCAGAUGCCAUUCACAUGUUCUUCGACUGUCUUGCACUUGGCAUCGGUUUGUUUGCUUCCGUUAUGAGUAAAUGGCCUUCCAAUCAAAAAUAUUCUUACGGUUAUAAUCGCAUUGAAACUGUAGCUGCUUUUUUUAAUAGUGUAUUUCUUGUUUUAAUAUCUUGCUCAAUUGUUAUUGAGGCUCUUCAACGCUUAGUUCAUCCACCUGAAAUGAGCACCGACCGUCUUUUACUUGUCAGUUUCGUUGGUCUUGUGGUCAACCUUGUAGGUAUUUUUGCCUUCAAUCAUGGGCAUGCACACGGAGGUCAUGGACACGACCAUGGACAUAGCCAUGGACAUAGCCACGGACACGAUCAUGGUCAUGGACACAGUGCUAAUAUGCAAGGUGUAUUUUUACAUAUUAUGGCCGACACUUUGGGCUCAGCUGGUGUAAUUGUAUCAACAUUGCUGAUUCAAUGGUUUGGUUGGACUGGAUUCGACCCGAUCGCCUCUCUUUUCAUUGCUGUUCUUAUCGUCUUAUCUGUCAUCCCCUUGAUUCGCCAAUCUGCCUCUGUUCUUAUGCUUGAAUUAGACGAUAAUAUUGUAAAUCAAGUGGAAGGAACUAUCGAAGAAGUUAGAAGACUCGAUGGUGUCACAGAUGUUAGUAACUACAGAUUUUGGCCCAAUGAAGCUGAAACUGUUGUUGGUUCCCUACACGUGCUUGUUCAGGACGGCGUCAAAGCUCAAGAAAUCCGUAGAGCCGUCACAGAAAUUUUCAUGAGCCAUAUCGACGGAUUAAAAGAAAUUUGUGUGCAAGUUGAAUCUAUCAGUUCCGCGCGUCUUCAUAAACAUCAACAUGUACAACCUAUGGGCUACUAUUCGCCAGCCAUCAACAAUAACAUAUAUCAUCAUAAUCAUACAAAUCCAGCUUCGGUAUCUGUCAAUGACGGUUUUAGAGCAACCGUGCUUCCUCAACCUACUUUUGCCUCAGAAAUGCCAAUCUCUGUAAAAAAGAAGGACUAAUAUUUUUCCUUUCAUUUCAACAUUGUUUUUAAUAGACAAAAA